GCCAUUUUAGGAUGCGGUGGACCUUUAAACUUGUGACGGUCAUGGAUAUUUCUUCUUCUCACAUCUUAAUUUUUCUCAACGCUUUAUUUUUUUCCGAAAAUAACGAAGAGAUAAUGACACUGGUAAUUUGAUCAUGGUGGAGAUAUUAUUGGUGGGCCCGAUUCUUUGAUACGGCGAAGAGUCGCUUUCCGCUGAUCUAAUCAAACGGUCAGGAGAACUCGUAACAAAAACAAAAUCAGACUCUUCCAAGAAGCUUCUCUCCAACGCAACAAACUACUAGCCCGAGUUAUCAAAAAAGGCUAUUAGGGCUUCAAAAUCCCCGCCAUUUUUGGUUCUAUUGACUUUGCUUACUCACGCACUCUACUCUCAUCAAUGGACCCCAGCGAAGAAGAAAAACCAGAGACUCCAUUUUCUUCAAAGCCCAGUCCAAACCCCAAAGAGAAUGUGUCCCAACCGGCGUCUUCGCAGCUCAAGCAAAACGAUACCUCCCCGCCUUCAAAUGUGCCGUUGAGUCCCAAACAGUUCAUAGUCUCAGUCGCCGCCAACAUCUCCUCUCAGCCUCUCCCAACCUACGAUCCCAACGUUUGGGGCGUUCUCACCGCUAUCUCUAACAAUUCCCGCAGACGACAUCAGGGUAUGAAUAUGCUUUUGACUGCAGAUGAGCACUGCAUUGGCCGAUUAGUAGAGGAUACGAGUUUUCGAAUUGAAUCAAAUUCAGUUAGCGCGAAACAUUGCAAAAUAUAUAGGAAGAGAGUCACCAAUGAAGAUAGGCAGCAGUCGUCUAACUGUUACGCAUCUGUUUUCUUGAAAGAUAUGAGCACAAAUGGGACAUAUCUUAAUUGGGAGAGGUUGAGAAAGAAUAGUCCUGAAAUGAAAAUCCAACAUGGAGACAUCAUUUCAUUUUCUGCUCCUCCACAACAUGAACUUGCAUUUGCAUUUGUAUAUCGAGAAGUUCUUAGGUCUGCUCAUGCUGCAGAUGAUGCAUGUGCAAAAAGAAAAGCAGAUGAGCUUGCUUCUGAAAACAAGAGACAAAAAGGUAUUGGCAUUGGUGCUCCUGAGGGUCCUAUAUCUCUUGAUGAUUUUCGGAGUCUUCAGCGGUCAAACAGGGAAUUGAGGAAGCAAUUAGAAGAUCAAGUGCUUACAAUAGAUACAUUACGAUAUGAGAACCGUGCAACCAUUGAGCAUCAUGAAAAUGCAAUCAAAGAGGUAAAAGAAUCAGUUGCAAAUUCAUACCUUGAUCAACUCAAAGAAUUGAAAUUUUUGCUAGAUGUUAAACAUAAGGAGCUUGUAGAGGUCAAUAGGAUAUCGGCUGAACAAAAGCAUGCUAUAGAAGACCUUAAUGAAAGACUUGGUGCUUCCAUGCAGUCGAGUACUGAAGCAAAUGAAAGAAUGAAGAGUCAGAAGGCAUCUAUAGCUGAACUCAAGGCUCAGUUAGAUGAAGAGCGAGAUCAGAGACGAGAAGAACGAGAAAAGGCUGCUGUUGAUUUAAAAGCAGCAGUGCAAAGAGCUCAGUCAGAGGCUCAAGAGGAACUGCAAAGACUAUCGGAUGUUGCUUUAAAACGAGAAAAAGAGCAACAAGAAUUAAUUAAUAAGCUUGAGGAAGCACUGGGAAAGAGCUCCUCACAAGUGGAAGGUCUAGUGUCCAAGCUGGAAGACACUAGGCAGAAAUUGGUCAACUCCGAUAAUAAAGUUCGCCAACUAGAAACUCAGGUUUCUGAAACACAACGGGCCUCAGCAAAUGCAAGAAGAAAAGUGGAAGAACUUGAACAUGAAAUGAAACGAUUGAGGAAAGAGCUUGAGACUGAAAAGCAGGCAGCCCGAGAAGAAGCAUGGGCUAAAGUUUCUGCUCUUGAGCUUGAAAUAAAUGCUGCAAUGCGGGAUCUUGAUUAUGAGAGAAGGAGGCUUAAAGGUGCUAGGGAAAGAAUUAUGCUUCGAGAAACACAGCUACGGGCAUUUUAUUCCACAACUGAGGAAAUCUCUGUACUGUUUGCAAAGCAACAGGAGCAACUGAAGGCAAUGCAAAGAACUUUGGAAGAUGAGGAAAAUUAUGAGAAUACCUCUAUUGAUAUUGACCUAAGUGUACAAAUGAGGAAUGCAAAUGGAACCAUAGUUAGAGAAAAGGCUACUACUAGCUAUCAUGGGAACAGUACCACAAAAGGAGGAUCCACUGCGUCAGCGCAGAGGGUUAAUAUUUCUAGUGAUGAGGCCAGUGUUACUGAAAAGCAUGACUGUGGCAUGAGAAGUCAAGAAGUUGGUGAAAACACACAGGAGGCAGAAUUUACCAGUGCUGAUCGUUUUGUUAAAGGUGGCUUUGGCUCUGACAUUGAUGGUGUUGGUACAGCACCUGUUCUGGAAGGAGAUACCAUUGGAACAGAGCGUGUUCUUGAAACUGAAAGCUUAGGAAACGAGGUUGAACGGAAUAUUGAUUUGAACAUGGGUGGAACUUUAGAUGGAGAUACAAUGCAGUUUGAUUAUGAAACUAAUGCACUUGAAAGCGAUGAACGGAUUCAAACAACUUACCCAGAUACUGCUAUGCACUCUCAAUUAAAUAAACCUCUUGAGACUCAAAAAUCCAUGGAAGACACAGAAGCUGGAGGCACAAUAAGGACAGAAGACCUUUUAGCUUCCGAAGUUUUUGGGAGUUGGGCUUAUAGUACUAAUCCCUCUGUCCAUGGAGAAAAUGAAUCACCUAAGAGCGGAGACGAUAAUGAGGAUCGUGCCAUGGCUCUGCAUGAUUCUAGUGGUCUGGUAGCUGAGAGUCAAAGUACACCAUCUUCUGAGGCUGCUGUUUCCAGACGUAAGGAUGAACGACAAGCAUUGAGUGAAAUGAUUGCAAUUGUGGCUCCUGAUUUAAAGGAGCAAUUUAGGGGAGCUACUGCUGAUGCUUUUGAUCAAGAGGGGAAAAACCAGAGUUUUACUUCUGACUCGGAUACCGAGGAUUGUGCUGACAGCGAUGAAGAUGAUAAUAACAAAAUAGCUGCUAAGAGUGGAUCAGUAUCAGAUGCAGAGACAGUGGGUAGCCUCCAGGCUGAUGAGGAUCAAAAGCAUAAUGAUGUAAUGGACGAGGAUCAUGAAACUACCGGUGAAGAUUCCGUUGGGUAACAGGCAUGCCUAUAUAGAAUGUAAAUCUUGGUCAUCUUAAAGGUUCAUCUUUCAUCAUGUAUUUGGUAUGGAGGUAAGCUCUAUAUAUGGUAUAUUAGAUUUGAUCCUUAUCUCUUUCAAUUUCUUCAUUUUCAUCUCCUUCGGUUUCCAGUUCGUUUUGAUGUACAUAGGGCCCUUCCUCACAGGACAACCUUGACAUUAUUUAACACAUUGCAAGUAAAGAUGUAUAUCGGGUGCGAAUGUGGCUCAACCCAAUUCCUAACAAGUAAAGAUCUAAUAGGUAUGCAUGGUUCGAGUAUUUUGUGUAGCAUUACUCAGUGGAAGCAGCAUUCAAAUGCUUGAUCUCAUGCGGAAUUUCUGCGAAUACUGUUCACAUUUUAGUUUUUUCUAUGACUCCACACAGUCACAUGGGAUGAUGGGAGAAAAGAUGGGCAGAAAUUAUUACGUUUAAGAAGCCAAUUAAACCAUCCGAUCUAAUCCGGUUUCUAAAACAGUGAUUGGUAGCUCAAGAAUUGGCCGGCCUUUUUUUCCUAAGCCCUUUCAUUUGUGGGAAUAAGAGAACGAGGAGAAGAGGGAUGAGGGAAUGCAAAAGUCAAAGUUGGCUGGAUUCAAGCUGUUUCCAUCUCUUCCGGUGAUUUGGACCUCGAAAGUCAGAGACAACGAUGAGUUUACCAACCUGUAGCCUAGGAUCACUUUUUUAAUCAAACAAAACAUAACUACCAUAACAGUAGCAAGACGGAGUGAUUUUAACGAGCCAGAGGCCCAUGGCCUGGUUGUUGGGUUUACUGCAAGGCUUUAGCGUCAGACUCUGAUCCUGUUCAAAAAAGAUCUUGGGCCAGUUCUAAUUGCGUAAAGAGAGAGUUCGUGGAAAAAAAUGAAAAAAGAAAAAAUUUUGAAUUAGUUGACAUAAAAUUAAGUUCAAAUCACUUUCUCUUUUUUUAACCCAACCACCAUCAUAAAUCCCUUGUAAAGCUUACUUACUAUAAAUUGAUUCAACAAUGUGCAUAUUUAUUCGUGCAAUAUUUUUAGGUGUCAUGAUGAUAAAAAAAAAUGCAUUUAAUAAUGAAGAGUCAAGAUGUUCAUGGAUUUGUAAUUUGAAAUUUAGAUAGUAUGGACAUGGUGAUUUGGACCACAUGGUAAGAGCUGCUCCACCGCUCAUCAAUUGUCAUUAUCAAUGGUGUAUGUGAACCCAUCAUCCAAAACGUUGCUCUCGUAACUCAUUUAUUUUUCUCACCUUAUAAUAAUUUCCUCUCACUUUGGCUUCCACAUUUCGAUUGGUCCAACAGUCUUAGCUUCUCCAUCACUAGUCACUAGGUAGAUUAUCAAAGAAAGAAAAGAAGAGUAUAGA